CCCUCCCGGCGGGAACCGGGGAAGCGACCAGCUCCCGGGAGGGUGAUAGAGCGGGAGGAGCCGCUGCGAGCGCGGCUCGGAGCCCGUGCCUCGUGUAGCGCGGGGAAAGGAGGGCGAGUGAAGUGCCAGAUGUUGGAGAAGCUGCCUGAAAGCUGCUUGGUUUGGGAGCAGCCCCAAAAGGAAGGGGAGGGUCAGCACUUCUGCGGCGGGAGCAGCCUGGAAAGCAUAGCUGCGAGCGGUGCGGCAGGGCAAGGCAGCGGGCAGGCAGAGUACAACGUUCCAAAAUGCUGGAGAUUAUCUGGGUGAAGCUAGAGAUUACAUUGAAUGUAAUUGUGUCUUCAGACAUUCUGCUCCUGCAUUUCAUGAGCUAAAGUAUUUUAUAAAAAUGAAAUCAGAUACCUUCAUGGAUCUCCAAGUUAACUGUGUCCUGUGAAGUCAGAGAAGACUUUCUGAAGAAGGAAUAGAUUCAUCACAUACGUGGACUUCUGUUCUUGCACAAGGAUAUGCUUUUUUCUUUAUUUUAUUUUAAAAGGCUAUCUACAUGAAGAUGAGCCUGCAUUUAAGAUAUGAUCUGUGGAAUUAGGUGAACGAGGAUACUUUUAAUGAGCUACCAACAUUUAUUUUUGUCUGUGUUUCCAGCUUUUUUUUUUUUUUUAGUACAUAAAAAUGAAGGACAGAUAUAAAGCAGCAGAGCUGAUGUGUUUCUGUGAGGCCUUUAUGUAAGCCUCUGUUGUCCGGAUCUGGUGCUAAAGGACAGGCAAUCUGCUUUUGAUCAGCUGAUUGUAACUGCAGAAAGAUAACCUUUAAUUUAACGUAAUUUGCAGCUGAAAUUAUUUUAUGCUUUGGCUUGCACAGAAUGAAAGGGAAAAUUAAGCUUUACUGGUCAGGGAUGUUUUACUGAACUAAGAAAGGGAAAACUACAUUAUCCUUGUUUUCAUUUCAAACCAAGAACUGACAACAUAUUUUUCUUAGAAUUUGACUACUAGGGAGAUCUCGGCAGAGUAAAGCAAGUCAGAUGUCAUCAAACGACUCUUCUCCCCCAUCCUUACAGAAGUUUUCCCCACCUACGUGUCAUGCUGCUGCACCACAAACCCCAACUUUGUCUUCAAGUCCCCAGUCGGGGCUCUCCAGUCGACUCUCCAAUGGCAGUUUCAGUACCCAGAGCCUUACCAACUCCCGGGGCUCUAUGCAUGGGGUCUCUUUCCUUCUGCAGAUUGGUCUCACUCGAGAGACUGUCACCGUUGAAGCUCAGGACCUGUCCCUCUCUGCUGUUAAAGACCUCGUGUGCUCUAUAGUUUACCAGAAGUUCCCAGAGUGUGGUUUCUUUGGCAUGUAUGACAAAAUUCUCCUUUUCCGCCAUGACCUGAACUCUGAUAAUAUUUUACAACGAAUUACAUCAGCAGAAGAGAUACACGAGGGAGAUCUUGUUGAGGUUGUGCUCUCUGCUUUGGCUACAGUUGAAGAUUUCCAGAUUCGUCCUCAUGCACUUUACGUGCAUUCCUACAAAGCUCCUACUUUUUGUGACUACUGUGGAGAGAUGCUUUGGGGUUUGGUACGACAAGGAUUAAAAUGUGAAGGUUGUGGGUUAAACUACCAUAAGCGAUGUGCCUUCAAGAUUCCAAAUAACUGCAGUGGAGUGAGAAAGAGGCGUCUGUCUAAUGUGUCUUUACCGGGAGCAGGGCUUUCAGUUCCAAGACCAGCACAAGCUGAAUACACAUCCUCUGCCUCUGAAGAACGCUGCUGCCCAGAACCUAGUAAGAGGAUUCCCUCCUGGAGUGGCCGUCCCAUCUGGAUGGAUAAGAUGGUGCUUUGCAGGGUGAAGGUUCCGCACACCUUUGCUGUUCACUCUUACACUCGUCCAACCAUAUGCCAGUAUUGCAAACGGCUGCUCAAGGGCCUUUUCCGCCAAGGAAUGCAGUGUAAAGAUUGCAGAUUCAACUGUCACAAGCGCUGUGCAUCUAAAGUGCCUAAAGACUGUCUUGGAGAGGUGAUUUUUAAUGGAGAACCUGCUAGCCCAGGGCAGGACUUGGACAUGCCAAUGGAAGUUGAUAGCAGCGAAUUGAACAGUGAUGGUAGUCGAAGUCUGGAUGAUUCUGAAGAGCCCUCUCCUCCAGAGGACAAGAUCUUCUUUAUGGAUCCAUCUGACCUUGAUGCAGACAAAGAUGAAGAAGCUGUCAAAACCAUCAGUCCUUCAACAAGCAAUAAUAUUCCACUCAUGAGAGUUGUACAGUCAAUCAAGCACACAAAGAGGAAGAGCAGUACAAUGGUGAAGGAAGGAUGGAUGGUCCACUAUACUAGUAGAGACAAUCUGAGAAAAAGACAUUACUGGAGACUGGACAGCAAAUGCCUCACACUGUUUCAAAAUGAAUCGGGAACAAAAUAUUACAAGGAGAUUCCACUUUCAGAAAUUCUCCAGGUGACUCAGCCUCGAGAUUUUUCAAACGUGGUGCAGGGCAGCAAUCCGUACUGUUUUGAGAUCAUCACUGACACCAUGGUGUACUUUGUUGGCGAGAACAAUGGCAGCAGUCAUCACAGUCCUGUUCUUGCUGCCACCGGAGUUGGACUUGACGUAGCUCAGGGCUGGGAGAAAGCCAUUCGUCAGGCUUUGAUGCCAGUCACUCCUCAAGCUAGCGUUUGCACUGCUGCAGGACAAGGAAAAGAUCACAAAGAGUUAUCUUUAAGCAUCUCUGUUUCAAAUUGCCAGGUCCAAGAGAAUGUGGAUAUCAGCUCUGUGUACCAAAUAUUUGCUGAUGAAGUGCUAGGAUCUGGUCAGUUUGGUAUUGUAUAUGGAGGAAAACAUAGGAAGACUGGAAGAGAUGUGGCUAUCAAAGUCAUCGACAAGAUGAGGUUUCCAACUAAACAGGAAAGUCAGCUUCGUAAUGAAGUAGCCAUUCUCCAGAAUUUGCACCACCCUGGGAUUGUGAACCUGGAAUGUAUGUUUGAAACGCCAGAACGGGUCUUUGUUGUGAUGGAAAAGCUGCAUGGGGAUAUGCUAGAGAUGAUUCUUUCCAGUGAGAAAAGUCGACUUCCAGAACGAAUAACUAAGUUCAUGGUCACUCAGAUACUUGUUGCUUUGAGGAAUUUACACUUCAAGAACAUUGUGCACUGUGAUUUAAAACCAGAAAAUGUACUACUCGCAUCGGCAGAGCCCUUCCCUCAAGUGAAGCUGUGUGAUUUUGGCUUUGCACGUAUCAUUGGUGAAAAAUCUUUCAGGCGCUCUGUGGUGGGGACACCUGCUUAUCUUGCCCCUGAAGUGCUCAGGAGUAAAGGUUACAACCGCUCCCUAGACAUGUGGUCGGUAGGAGUUAUUGUCUAUGUGAGCCUUAGUGGUACAUUCCCGUUCAAUGAAGAUGAGGAUAUCAAUGAUCAGAUUCAAAAUGCAGCAUUUAUGUACCCACCAAAUCCUUGGAAGGAAAUUUCUAGUGAAGCCAUUGAUCUAAUAAACAAUUUGCUUCAAGUGAAGAUGAGAAAACGUUUCAGUGUUGACAAAUCCCUUAGUCACCCAUGGUUACAGGAUUAUCAGACUUGGCUUGACCUCAGAGAGUUUGAAACACGCAUUGGAGAGCGUUACAUUACCCACGAGAGUGAUGAUGCACGCUGGAAAGAACAUGCUUAUGAACACAACCUUGAGUACCCCCAGCAUUUUAUUAUGGCUCCCAACCCAGAUGAUAUGGAAGAAGACCCUUGAUCAAUUCAUUAUGCUAAAUUGCAGCAAGGAAGGAUACUCCAGACAGAAACUGAAGAUAAGAUUUGGCACAACUGUUGCUCUUUCUGAAUGCUGUACACUGUUCAGUGUGCAAAGCCCCGGAGGAUCCUGCAUUGACUUGGGAAUAGACUGUCGUCUGACGAGCUUCUCUCCAUCUCUGGCUUAAACUAUGAAUAGUUACUGGACAGUGGGAUGGAUAGGCCCCAUUCGGUAGCAUUUCACCGAGCUGUGUGGCUACAAAGCCAUUGCUGAGGUGUAAUGUGCACACGUUGAAUGGUUUGUGUGGUUUUCGAGGUUUGGACUUAUUUUGGUUGUUUGGUUUUGUUGUUUGGUUUGGUUUGUUGGUUUUUUUUUUCAUAGCCUACACGAUAAGAAUUUUGUAAUGGUUUUCUAAUCCCUAUUUACUAGGCCAUAGAGGACUGUUUUCUGUUACUUAGAUACAUCUCCCAUUUCCUAAACUGUGCAUGGUGAAAAGAGACUGUAAAAAGAAAUGAGUGCAGAAUACCUUGGCUAAUAGCAAAACAUGGUGGUUUAGGUUGAAUACAGCUUCAUAGAUGAAGGAGUAACUUGCUGCUGGUAAGACAGUUAAAUAUGUGUGUCUUUGCCCUAACUGAACUUUUUCUAGAUACCCCUAAAAAAGAGACACCCCCCCCCAACUUCUCACAUUCCUCUUGAAAUGCUGGCUGACAAUCCAAAGAGACGACAAUCAAAGCUAUGCCAGUCCUUCCUGUUGUCUGUUAAAACAGAGCAGUAAGUCACAACAGUAUGUUGCUGUGCAGGACUGGCACAUGUUGAUACACACCAAAGGCAUUACCCAUGUAAUGCAUAGAGAGCACACGAGACUUCAUGUAGCAUAUCCUUUCACUGUGGAAAAACAGCUUCUAGCAAAGGAUGUGGAAGAGUAGGGAAAAGCACACGCAGCUUUCUUCUGUUGUUUUCAGUAAUUAGAUUUUUAAAAUAUUUCUAAUAUUUUUAAGGCUCCCUGGACUUGCAUCAGGAGUAGUUUGUAGCCUUCUAGCUUGUGUCUUAACUCUGCUCAAAACCUGGGAGCAAAGGUGGGUAUCACAUCACCUGUUGCUUCUGCCAGGGCAGCUGGAUUGUAGGAGAAAGGGCUUUGCCUUCUGACCUUAACCUGCAGCCCCUCCUGUCCUCUUUACUGUGUUGUUUGAGCUGAAUGAAGAGUCCCAAACCAACUCCUGACCCAGUUUUUAUGUAGAUGCCUCAACUGAUGGAUUUCCGACCACUUACUGGACUUGUAGCACAACAGAGAGAAAGCAGCAGUGUUCUUUGGAAAUGAUUCCCUUGGAGGACAGCGUAGGAGUCAGAGUUCAUGGUAUUUCAAAGAUGUUUGAGGCCAUGAAUGCCUAAUGCAAAGGGAAGAAGGUUGUUUUGGGGGGGGGUUUUGGGGUUUUUUUUGUCUGAUGUUAGGAAAUGGAAAAGGUGAAGUCUUCCUUUCUGUGUGGGAUAACAGCACUGUGCUGCUGGAAGGUGCUGAAUGGCCGAGGUGCCAAGCUGCUCAACUGCAGCUCGAUUUGAAAUACUUUUUUAAAGAACUAAUACAGGCUUGAACUGCCAAGUCAGCGAGAGGCUUUGGGGUAUCUCCUCCCUCUCCUGUAAAGACUUUUUGUAUGUGUGUGUAGAUAAGUAUUUUUUUCUACUGUUGUUAUUCAGGUAAGGAAGCAGGUGAGCAGACUUUUCUUAUGUUAGAUAUACAUAAAGUUUUGCAAGGUUAUUUCAGGGCUGGCAGCUGCUUGCAGUGGCAGUGACCUGGUGACAAUAACAGCAGCAGCAGCUGCAGGAGUAUAUAACCACAGGUAGGUUUGGAUGUUUAACCUGCCUUUUCUUUUCCUAUUGCCUUUAAUCUGGCUGCCACUACAUUCUGCAGGUGUCCAGGUUGGCAAAGGCUGCACUCUGGCUUCUCUGUAAGGCAUACCAAACCUUGCACAAGACGCUGACUGCCCUUCCAGCCACCAGAGUCCUCUCCUAGCACGUGUUUCUCUCAGGUUUGUGCAGGGGACGUGCCUGAUGACUGUCCUGUCACUGCCACUCCUGCACCCGGGCGCACCCUCCCCGUUCCGUGCUGUCAGGGCAGUGAGAGCAGAGGAACUCUGAGUGGGACUGUGCCAUCCUGUUAAGGCAGGUGUUCAGGACCGAUCCUGCAGCAACGCGCUGUUUUUCAUCUGUGGAACCAGAACAGUCACCCAUGAAACCAGCAGUCUGGCGUUUGCCCUGGCUUGGCAAGGGAAGCAGGGCUUUUUCUUCCAACUUCCACUGUGCAAGUGACCAAAUUUUAGUGAAACCAUUGCUGUUUUCCAUGCUAACUGUAAUAAUGUAGCUACAGUACGCUGUAACUUCAGAGUUUAUGCUUGAGCUGUCACUUCAGGUUUUCCUGUGGUUUUAAGUUUGAUUUGUUUGGGGUUUUUUUGGUGGUGUUUGAAGGGAGGAAAUAAAGCCAGCUCAGUCACUCAAAAAAGCACAACAGGAAUAGAGGAAGGAGGGGACAACAAUGAAGUAGAAGGCCCGGCUGAUGUCUCUCCCCAUGAAGUCUGCUGUGCUCCAAAGUAUUAUAUGAGCUAUUUAUUCUUCAAGUUGUAUUAAAAUAAAUAAAGCUGUUGGCAGUUGGAGAUUACCUGACCAUGUAUGUAGACCUAUGGGGCCAGACAAUAGAAGCUGCAAGCAGCUAAUAGUCAAGGAACCAAAAAAAAUCAGACAUACAUUAGGAGUGAACUUUCUUCAUAGUAAAAAUAGCUGAGGCUUUCUGUUCCCUUUUUUCCUACCUUUACUGCAGCCUUUGACAGCAGUAGGUUACAGUGUUUAAUAUCCCUUCCCCUAGUGAAUUAAGUUGCGUUCAUUCAAGAAUAGUGCUAUGAUGAUGCUAGAAAAAAGCUCAUGUAAAAUUUAUAGCCUCAAAAGGACACUGUCAAGUACUUUUAUAUUUUUAUACAUCCCAUUGUUUGUAAAUAUCCUCUGAUAAGCUUGAAAAUAAAAUUUAUUUCCCUAUCA